CCACCAAGCGUACAAUGGCAUGACAUUUAAAAGGUGAGCUGUCAACGCAAAGUGACAUUGGUUUUCUUUCCUAUUGAAAUUUCGACAGAUCAACAACGCAGAAAUGGCCAAACGUACUAAGAAGGUUGGAAUUGUUGGUAAAUAUGGUACCCGUUAUGGUGCCUCACUACGUAAAAUGGUGAAGAAAAUGGAAAUCACCCAACAUAGCAAAUAUACCUGCACUUUUUGCGGAAAGGAUGCCAUGAAACGCGCCUGUGUCGGUAUUUGGUCAUGCAAGCGUUGUAAGCGCGUUGUUGCCGGCGGUGCUUGGGUCUACUCAACAACUGCUGCUGCUUCAGUGCGUUCCGCUGUGCGCCGUUUACGCGAAACGAAGGAACAAUAAACAGUUCCCGGUUACACCCGCACUAAGCAACUGUCGACUUUCUGUUUUAUUUUAAAAAUAAUUUGUGUAAACAUUUUUCCAAUAAUUAUUUUUGGAGAAUAAACCCGUCACUUGGCUUAGUCCAAGACCAAAAAUGAAGAGUAAACUAAUUUCAAUAAAAAUUCAAUAAUGUGAA